CUUAAGCGAAUUUAUCACACAAAAAAGAAAAGAAAAAGACAAACAAAGCGAAUUAAAAAGAAGAAAACAACAAUCAACGCAAAAAAGAAAAAGAAAAGAAAAGCCACGUUUACUUAUGUAGAAACCAAGUUUGGUCCCAUGUGUCCCGAAUCUCUGUUAAAAUAGCAAAUUCGCCACCAUUACUUCUGAUAUUCACAAUUCAACCCACCCAAAUCGCAUUCAUUCUCUCCGGUAGAUCCUCCCAUUUGCGUCCUCUACUGCAAACUUUAGCUACGCUACGUAAUAGUGGCUACAAUUUCAUUGUUGCGAAACUCCUUUGAAGGAUGAUAAAGUGCUGAUAUUUUGCUCGAACCAAUCUGGAGUUUUCGAAUUCUUUUUCCUCGUGAGAUCGAAUUUGAAGGUGAAGAGAGAGUGAUGGGAAUUGUUUUUACGCGGUUGUUUUCGUCGCUGUUUGGGAAUAAGGAAGCUCGGAUCCUUGUCCUGGGGCUCGACAAUGCGGGAAAAACUACCAUUCUUUAUCGGCUUCAGAUGGGCGAAGUUGUCUCCACUAUUCCAACAAUUGGGUUCAAUGUGGAAACCGUUCAAUAUAACAACAUAAAGUUUCAAGUUUGGGACCUAGGUGGACAAACUAGUAUCAGGCCAUACUGGAGGUGUUAUUUUCCUAACACGCAAGCUAUAAUAUAUGUUGUUGAUUCAAGUGAUACUGAUAGGCUGAUGAUAGCCAAAGAAGAAUUUCAUGCAAUAUUGGAGGAGGAAGAGCUAAAAGGUUCUGUUGUCCUCUUAUUUGCAAACAAACAGGAUCUUCCUGGGGCACUUGAUGAUGCUGCCAUAACAGAAGCGUUAGAGUUGCACAAGAUCAAGAACCGCCAGUGGGCCAUUUUUAAAACUUCUGCCAUAAAAGGAGAAGGCCUUUUCGAGGGCUUGGACUGGUUAAGUAAUACGCUGAAAUCUGGAGGUAGUUGAAUUCUGGACGAGAGUUGGAUGAUUUUUGUGAUUGUGCCAGUGCUGAUCUGUGACGAUCUGACAGUUAACGGUAUGGUCUGUAUUGAGAUUCCAUGUGUUGUUAUCUUCUUUACCUGGGAUCCUGAACAGACCGUUGAUAUGAAAUUAUAUCUUGAAGUGAAAUUAUCUCCUUUCCCCAUUCCAUUAUUCUGAACUCGUGUUCCAAAAUUGUCUAUUGUCUAGAUAAUUUCUUUUUCGAUAUAAAAGAAAUUACAUCUUCCAUUCA